AAAACAAAGUCACACUUCCAUCAUCUGAGUCUUCAGAAACAAAACAAACAUGUCUGAAUCUACCCCGAGAAGUAAGCCCAAGAUUACAGCAUCUCGACGGCUGUUUUUAAAAACCAAAAUCUUGAAGAAGGCGAGCACAUUGCUUGAGGAGGAGAAAGAGCAGAAAAGGCUGGACAGAGAGCAAACCCUUAGUGAAAAAGGUCCUCCUCUCAAACUCUCCGGACUGUCGGUUCAGGACUUACAGAAUUUAUGCAAAGAACUGCACCAAAAAAUCGAUGUAGUUGAUGAGGAGCGAUAUGAUGUUCAAUCUAAAGUUACCAAAAAUGAAAAAGAGAUUGUAGAUUUAAACCAUAAAAUCUUCGAGCUGAAGGGUAAAAUGAAGAGACCUGCCUUGAAGAGAGUGCGAGUGUCUGCUGAUGCCAUGUUGGGAGCUCUGCUCGGUGCCAAACACAAAGAGUCCAUUGACUUUAAAGCAAACCUAAAGACAGUGAAGAAAGAAGAGGAAAAGAAAGAGGAAGUGACCGACUGGCGUAAAAAUGUCGAUGCGAUGUCAGGCAUGGAAGGCAGGAAGAAGUUGUUUGCUGGACCAAGUGCCUAAUACAUUUUUAAACAUGUAUUAUACCAUAUGUUAAUAUAAAACAAGACAACUAGUUAAGCAAUAAUUACUGCUAUUUAAAUGACCCAUUGACUUCCACACUAGGAAAAACAAAUACUAAGGAAGUACAGUAAAUGGUUAAAGGUUUCUGAGAUUUUUAAAUACCCUAUUUUGUGUUUUAAAGAAUAACAAAACUCAUAAAGGCUAGAAAUAAGUAGCCUAAAGUGAGUAAAUGAUGACAUAGAUGUGUGUUUGUGUGUGUGUGAGGGGGGUGGGGGGGGGGGGGGGGGGGGGGUUGGUUGGUAACUAAUUAUAUUGGUUUUAUUGCAUUUACAGCUGGCUGAAUGAAACAAUUAUAAGCUGUUAUCACGCUGUUUACAGCCCAAAUACUCAUAAACAUACACAUAUAAAAUAUGUAUUUAUUUUAAUAUAUGAUUAUUAUAGAAUUGCACUUGUCAUUUUAUAAUAAUAAGUAUAUUGUAAUGAUAGUUAUAUAUGUGCUACUGCUAACUUGUAUGAAUAUUUAAUAACAAUAAAACUAUCAUGUGUUUUGGUU